CCCGGAGGAGGCGGUUCCCAUUUCACGGUGGAGCCGGAUGUUUGCCGAGCUUUGACAGGCGUGGCAGAGAGGGAGCAUUGCCCGGACGCGGUGAGCUGCAGGACGCGGUUUUGCUUCAGUCUCUGCUGUGGGGGACAGACUUGGCCAUGGAUCCACUCUCGGAACUGCAGGAUGACUUGACCCUCGAUGAUACCAGCCAGGCCCUGAACCAGCUGAAGCUGGCCUCUAUCGAUGAGAAGAACUGGCCCUCAGAUGAAAUGCCAGACUUUCCCAAGUCAGAUGACUCUAAAAGCAGUUCCCCAGAGCCUGUCACACAUCUGAAGUGGGAUGACCCUUACUACGACAUCGCCCGGCACCAGAUUGUGGAGGUGGCAGGAGAUGACAAGUAUGGGCGGAAGAUCAUUGUGUUCAGUGCUUGUCGAAUGCCCCCUAGCCACCAGCUGGACCACAGCAAGCUCCUGGGGUACCUGAAGCACACACUGGACCAGUAUGUGGAGAGUGACUACACACUGCUCUACCUGCACCAUGGCCUCACCAGUGACAACAAGCCUUCUCUCAGCUGGCUGCGGGAUGCUUACCGGGAGUUUGACCGAAAGUACAAGAAGAACAUCAAAGCCCUGUACAUCGUGCACCCAACCAUGUUCAUCAAAACCCUGCUCAUCCUCUUCAAGCCCCUCAUUAGCUUCAAGUUUGGACGGAAGAUCUUCUAUGUGAAUUACUUGAGUGAGCUGAGUGAACAUGUGAAGCUGGAGCAGUUGGAUCCUCGCCAAGUGCUCAAGUACGAUGACUUCCUCAAAUCCACACAGAAGAGCCCUGCAACAGCCCCUAAGCCCAUGCCACCACGGCCUCCCCUGCCCAACCAGCAGUUUGGUGUCUCAUUGCAGCAUCUCCAAGAGAAGAACCCAGAGCAGGAUCCCAUUCCAAUUGUGCUCAGGGAAACUGUUGCCUACCUCCAGGCCCACGCUCUUACCACUGAGGGCAUUUUUCGGAGAUCAGCCAACACCCAAGUCGUACGGGAAGUGCAGCAGAAAUACAACAUGGGCCUACCAGUGGACUUUGACCAGUACAAUGAGCUGCACCUGCCAGCGGUCAUCCUCAAGACCUUUCUUCGGGAGCUUCCUGAGCCCUUGCUAACCUUUGACCUCUACCUUCAUGUUGUGGGCUUCCUCAACAUUGAUGAGAGCCAGAGAGUGGAGGCGACACAGCAGGUCCUCCGGACACUGCCAGAGGAGAACUACCAGGUGCUUCGUUUUCUGACUGCCUUCCUGGUGCAGAUUUCUGCCCACUGUGAGCAGAACAAGAUGACAAACACUAACCUGGCUGUGGUCUUCGGCCCUAACUUGCUGUGGGCCAAGGAUGCUGCCAUUACCCUCAAGGCCAUCAACCCCAUCAACACUUUCACCAAGUUCCUCCUGGAUCACCAAGGGGAGUUGUUCCCCAGCACUGAGGCCAAGGGGCCCUGAGCCCAGCCCCCACCCACCUGCUCUGGCAGUCCCCGCUUGGACUCUUGCUCCUGGUGUCAGGCUUGCAGGAGCCCUGGGCUCCAGAAAGGGCUGUGAAGUCCCUGGAGAUGGAUGCUGGAGCCAGUCAACCAGGGAGCAACUCCUUCCUUCAGUUCAUUCCAACUCACAGGCCCUGGCGGCCUCGCUGUUACCAUGAGACAUUUUCUUCGCCUUCUACUUCUCACUGCCUCUCCGGAUGCCUGGUUUCUGCUGGGCUCUCCAGAGCUGGGUUUGGCUCUUCAACAUGGAGAAGGACUGAGCCCCAGUAAUCCGUUUCCUGCUUUUUCCUGCCUCUGUUUUCCUGGCAGCUGUGGACCACAAAAUCACUGCUGGCUGGGCUGGUAGCUGGGGCUGGUCCUCUCCUUCCUGAUUGGUAGGGAAUGGACAGCUGAGGUCCUUGGCUUGGCCUGGCCGAGCUGAGGUGCCUCCCUUUCUGGGUCAGUUGCUCUGCUUUUUUAGGAGUCCACCAAGUGUUGCCUGGAUGUAAGUACCCUGAUCCUGUCCUGCCUACUAAUGGCUCAACUUGGGUAGUUCCGCAGCUAAGGAAUGACAAGGCUGGAGUCACUGUCCUAUUUCUGCCUACUGGGUCCGCCUUUGCCAAGUGGUACUUACUGCCUCAACA